CCUUUACGCAGACCGGAACUGUCCCCCUUUGCUCUCAUAGACAUGCAUUGCCAUGAAGUACCUUGCUUCGCCUAUCUAAACUCUUUGAUGGCCUGUUUAUUUCGCUUUAAAGUAACAUGUUUUUUUUAAACCAAUGAAAUAUAUUACCCUUUUCAAUAUAUACUUUCACCAUAAUAACAUCAGACCUACCGUGUCAUGAAGUUGCUUCAGAAAGACAUCGAGAAAGACAAUGCCGGUCAGGUGACCCUGAUGCCGGAGGAGGCCGAGGACAUGUGGCACACCUACAACCUGGUACAGGUGGGGGACAGCCUCAGAGCCUCCACCAUCAGGAAGGUGCAGACGGAGUCCUCCACAGGCAGUGUGGGUAGUUCCCGUGUACGCACAACCCUGACAGUGUGCGUGGAAACCAUCGACUUUGAUUCCCAGGCAUGCCAACUCCGCGUCAAGGGAACCAACCUCGUGGAAAACCAGUAUGUCAAGAUGGGGGCCUAUCACACCAUUGAACUGGAGCCGAACAGGAAAUUCACGCUGGCCAAAAAAAUCUGGGACAGUGUGGUUCUGGAUAGAAUCGAACAAGCAUGUGACCCCACACAGAAGGCAGAUGUGGCUGCCGUGGUGAUGCAGGAAGGGCUGGCCAACAUCGUCCUGGUUACCUCGGCGAUGACCCUACUGAGGGCAAAGAUCGAGGUAACCAUCCCUCGCAAGCGGAGAGGCAGCUGUACCCAACACGAGAAGGCUUUAGAACGGUUCUAUGAGGCAGUCAUGCAAGGGAUCCUACGACAUAUCAGCUUUGAUGUGGUGAAGUGUGUGCUGAUAGCCAGUCCGGGCUUCGUGAAGGACCAGUUCGUCAACUACCUGUUCAGGGAGGCCGUUCGCCAGGACAAUAAACUUCUGCUGGAGAACCGGCCCAAGUUCGUGACCGUGCACUCUUCCUCUGGACACAAGUACUCACUGAAAGAAAUUCUGUCAGAUCCCACGUUGACAAGUCGCCUGUCUGACACAAAGGCCGCAGGCGAGGUGAAAGCUUUGGAGGACUUCUACAAGAUGCUGCAACACGAACCAGACAGAGCCUUCUACGGGCUAGGUCACGUUGAGAAGGCAAGCGAGGCCUUGGCCAUUGACAUUCUGCUCAUCAGCGAUCAGCUUUUCAGACACCAGGAAGUGGCGACACGCAGCAGAUACGUGCGGCUGGUGGACAGCGUGCGAGACAAUGGUGGGAACGUCAGGGUGUUUUCCAGCCUUCAUGUCUCUGGAGACCAACUGAAUCAGUUGAGUGGGGUGGCGGCCAUCUUGCGGUUCCCUAUCGCUGACAUGUCAGAAGGUGAGGAAGAGGAUAGCAGCUCUGAUGAAGAGUGAUGUCUCAGCACCGCUCCCGCGUCUCCACGCCCCGGCAUGACAAACAGGACCGACAAAACAGGACAGACGAAACAGGACAGACGAAACAGGACAGAC